AUGAUCGCUAUCUUCACAGUCGUCACCUACAUACAACAACAACAAAUUGCUGAAUGUCAUCGACAACAAGAACAACAGGCAGCAAAUGAAACACGACAAAAAGAUUUACAAAUAGCUUUUGCUAAUUUAGAAAUAGCUAAUCAAACACGUAUACAAGAUCAACAAAUUAUUAAUAAAACACGCAUACAUGAUCGACAAAUUGCUGAAGAGCAACGUUUAGAAGAUAAACAACGACAAAAUGAUUUACAUUAUCAAAAACUUUAUGCUUAUUAUAUUGAAGAUAUAUCAAAUGUUCUCUAUAAACAAAACCAAAAUCAAUCGUUUAUUGAUGAACGAAAGAAACUUCUAUAUAUACGCCGUAAAACAAUAAUGACUUUAAGGAAAAUUAAUAAUGAACGUAGAACACAUUUAUUUAUAUUUUUAUACGAGAAUAAUUUGUUGCCACGAUUUAAUGAUAAUUCAACAUUGGAUCUGUCCGGCUCUGAUCUUAAUCAUAUUCAUAUUGAAAGUUCUGUAACAAUUCGUUAUACUUUUCGAAAAUUAGUACUAGAAUCUGUUAAUCUCGUAAGUGCAUCAUUUAUCGAUUGUAGAUUUUCUGAUAGUGUCGACUUUACUGGAUCAGCAAUGUCUAAUGUUAAUUUUACUGGUUCACGAUUUGAAUGUACUACUGCCGAUACACUAAGUAUUUUUGAUCAAACAAAGUUAGAACAUGUAGAUUUUAAUAAAACAAAUAUAAGCCAUAUUAAGUUUAACGAUGCUACACUCUCAUACGCACGUUUUAGUCACUCGACACUGUCAAAUUUUCAUAUCGUAUCUGUUAAUCUCGUAAAUACAUCUUUUAUUAAUUGUACGUUUUCGGAUGGCUCACAGUUUGUUGGAUCAUUAAUGACUAAUGUUAAUUUUACUGGUUCAUCUUUUCAAUAUGGUAGUACAGGGUGCCACUAA